AUGUACAACAGAAACAUACGAAAGAACCAGGGGUGUAACUCGACGGCAACAAGCAGUACGAAACAGGUGCAGCAACACUUAGCCGGAGCAGAUAUCUCUAUUGCGAACGACUCAGACCAUACGCAGUCGAGCAAAUGUCUUGAACAAAACAUCGAUACUUACUUGGAGAAACCACUCAAUCACCCGGAACAGUGUGGGCAGGGCGUCCAGGCAGCGUCAGACCGGUCGCAGGUGCUCUACAGGACGCGUGCUAUCUGUUCUACAUGGAACUUGGACUGUGACCACCAUUUUCUGUCGAUGUACAACCGGGGAGUAUAUUACGCAGCUCUGACCAUUCUGGCUGCUUUCCCUUCAGUGACGCGCCUGUUCUCGUGCAUCCACCGUCUUGAACAAGCGCCUGUCCAGACUGCCGAAGAGGAGGCCGCUCACUUGGAGCGCAAGCGAUUGGAAGGGAACGCCUUACGGCGACAACGCUACGCGAACAAUCCUGAAUUUCGCCAGAGACAUAAGGAGUACCUCAAGAGGUAUAAACGUGACCCAAUUCACAGGGCCGACUUGAGGGUGAGUGCGCUUGCGCGCUUUGAGAAGUUCCGCGACAAAUAUAACGCAGCCAACAGGCGCGCCCACGCGGAGGAUCUCAGCCUCAGGCGCUCGAGGGAACUUGACAUAUUACUCCGCAGAAGGCCUGCCAACGCGCUCACAUGGAAAACACACACAUGGAUUCGAUACCCGGAUCGAGUUGACCACCACUGCGCUGGCUGCAAUCGUGAUCGCUUCUUGAAGUUGUGGUGGAAAGAGAAACCAGAAGUGUCAGAAGAGUCGGGCCCAGAUCGCUACAUGUGCAAUCACUGUUUCGCCAACGAUUGGCCACGUGUGGUGCCAGAGACCUAUACAGGGAGGCUGGCUAGUAUGUUCACGUCGCCUGAGCUUCCGCUGACGAAGGCUCAGCGAGAUGGGCUUGGAAAGGAGAAGGAAACGGAGAGUGACAAACCUCAGGAAUAG